AUGGGGCCCCCUACUGACCCCGGGCCCUCGGGCAGUGCCCGAGUUUCCAAAUGGUCAGUCCACCCCUUGUGCCCUGAUGAUCAGUGUAGCCCCAGCAGUGCCACCUGUCAGUGUCCAUCAGUGCCUUGUUUGCGUGCUCAUCAGUGCUUCGUGCCAGUGCCCAUCAGUGCCACAUCAAUGCCACAUAUCAGUGCCUACCAGUACACCUCAAUGCCACAUAUCAGUGCCCAUCUGAGCUGCCUUUCAGUGUCACCCAUCAGUGCCACCUAUCAAUGCCAAUCAUUGCCACCUAUCAGUGUUGCCAAUCAGUGCCACCUAUCAGUGCCAGUCAGUGCCGCCUGUCAGUGCGCAUCAGUGCCGCCUAUCAGUGCCGCCUAUCAGUGCCAGUCAGUGCCGCCUAACAGUGCCAGUCAGUGCUGCCUAUCAGUGCCACCUAUCAGUGCCAUGUAUCAGUGCUGCCUUUCAGUGCCCAUCAGUGAUGCCUGUCAAUGCCCAUCAGUGCCACCUACCAGUGCCUCCUCAUCAGUGCCCAUCAGUGCCACCUAUCAGUGUCCAUCAGUGCAGCCUAUCAGUGCCCAUCACUGCAGCCUCAUUAGUGCACAUCAGUGAAGGAGAAAAAUCACUUAUUUACAAACUUUUAUAACAAAAACUAAGAAAAAACCUUUUUUUUUUUUCAAAAUUUUCUGUGGUUUUUUGUUUGUUUAAGAAAAAAUAA